AUGCUAAAAAUUCAUUGCAGAAGCUACACUCCAGAAGAGAUUGCAAAGAAGACUGAUAAAAUUUGGCUAACCUUUUGGGCUUUGUCAUCGGACCAUGAAGCAUGCCAUCUAUUUUGCAGCUGUCAUGUUCAUUCACCAGCUAACAACAUAUAUGUAAAUUUCACGUUCAAUCGAAUACUUAAAAACACGGUGGGCCCGACAACAUGGGAUUGGAUAUAUGCCUAUGAACAUCUUUUGGGGGCUUGGAACCGGUGGCUUCACAAUGCCAAACAAUUCAAAUGUGCCUCCAGAAGAAUUGUAUGCUAUACAGCUGACACAGCUACAAGAAAUGGGAUUCUUUCACACACAUGAGAAUCGUCAACCACUGACACCCACCGCAGGUAAUGUUCAUGCCGCAUCUAAGAGUCUAUUUGGAAUUGUUGGUUAAUGUCAGAUAUGGAAUACUGAUUAAGUAAUUGAUGUCUUUUAGUUUAUCAUUUAAAUGUAAUGUCACAUUUUAGUGUAUGAUUUAUAUGGAUGUUUUUUUCUAGAGGAAGAAUAGCAAUGUAUUUACAAACUUGCAGGUAAGGCAUUACAUGCAAUUGUUCUUCCUUUCAUUGUCUGCAAUUGUGUCCGUUUGUAUCUUUCUACAUUUGUUUUUUUGGUGGAACAUCUUUUUUC